AAAUACGGCUAGAGCCAUUCUCUACACCUAUUAAUUUGUUAAUUAAUUAAUAUUAAUUAUUGUUAACAAUAAUUAUUAUUACUUAUAUAUAUACAUAUACAUAUAUAUGUUGUCUGUUGUGUGUUAAUUAUAAAUUACUAAGCCAGCGUUCAUUUAUUUAUAAAAGUGUGUGAUAAUUUUUUUUAACUCUGGCUUUGCAACCCCGGGCUCUGACAAUCCCGUGGGAGCCAACCAAACCAUCAACCAGCAUUCAACUACUUAUAUAUAUAUCUAUAUAUCUAUAUAUUUAGGCAUAUAUAUGUAUAUAUAUAUUCGUAAUAUUCUUUUGAUUUAGCUAGUCUAUACUCUCUCUCUCAAGCAUCCAAGAGACAUUUUAUUUAUUCCAUCCCCAGGAUCAUAAGAGUUUAAAAAAAAAAACAAAACUUAUUUAAUUCUGCAAGGACUCGCCCAAAAAAGUCCGACAGGACUUUUAUCAUGAGUUCAGCAUCAACAGGAGGUACUGAGGGGUCAAGUCCUGCCUCAAGUCCAGCAUCAGCUACAAGCCAAGCAAUGUCAGCACCGAAAUAUGGUACUCUGGUACCAAAUCGUAUAUUUGUUGGUGGUAUUUCAGCGAGUACUAGUGAGGCUGAAUUAGCACAAUUAUUUUCUGCAUAUGGAAAUGUUAAAGCGACUAAAAUAAUAUCUGACAGAGCUGGUGUGUCAAAAGGAUACGGGUUUGUUACAUUUGAAACAGAAGCUGAAGCUAAACGCCUUCAACAAGAGCCUGAAAGUAUUAUUUUGAGAGAGAGAAAAUUAAAUAUUGCGCCUGCAAUUAAAAAACAGCCUUUUAACCGUUCGUUCGAUGGUAGUUCAGGUUCACCUCCAGCUGUGCCUACAAGUCCUUAUUAUUAUGCUAAUGGCAUGGGACUACCUUAUCAAAAUGGUUUAACAUUUUACAACACCGGUGCCCCAACUCCUGGGAAUCCACUGGCACCACCAACAGAUCCAGCAGCUCUUUAUCAAGCCGCCAGUGUCUUCGGACCUCAAGCUGCUUCAACACAUCAAACAUUUGCUCCAAUGAUGUAUCCGUGUCCCGCACCUUCACUCUACAUGCCACAACAGUAUCAAUAUUCUCCAAUGCCUUAUGAGUCGUAUUACACGGGAGCAGCUGGUGCACCUCAGUAUGUGUAUGCAACGAGUAACACAACGAAUAAUGGAAAUCCAAAUGGUGGUGGUGGUGGAGUUGCUGGUGGAGGGGGUGGUGGUGGCAGCAGUGGAAAUAAUAGUAUAACUGGUGCAGCAAGUCCACCAUCAAAUGGAGCACAUGGACUUCAAACUAUAACAGCUCCGCAUUAUUAUACAACUGGUACUCAUCCAGCAGGAGUUCAACCGGUGCCGCCUUCAGCAACGGGAGCACAAUCAUUGGAUCAUAUUUAUUAUAGUUUUACAACUGGUACACAUCAACCUCAGCAUACACAUCAACAGCAGCAUCAAAGUAACGCAUUGCAACAUGGAACUAUGGGUAUUAGUGACCAACAACCGCUGCUUCUUUUUACGACUGAUGGAUCUUGCCAGCCUGCCAGUUCCGAUGCUCAAAAUCAACCGACAGAGGACACACGCUCAGCAUCGAGCCACUCAGAUCAUCAGUCACAGCAUCGUCCGGCUCAAUCAACUGGCAACGAGUCAAAUCACCUAUCACUUCCUUCAACUCCAUUAAUACCCAUAAUGCCUAUAAAAUAUCCUCUAGCAAAUAGAUAUCCUUAUCAUCCUCAUUCUCAACAUUCUCUAUCUCUCCAACCUCAGUCAUCAUCAACUCAGCCUCUGUGUCCUGAUUCAACAGACGAUCAAAUGCACUGUCGCAUCCUCUAUCAUCCAGUUUACAUUCCAAACCCUUACAAUCCAACUUCUCUAUUACCAACUCCCGUUAUUCCCUCGAGUUACGAUUCAUCAAAACGUGAUUCUCAUUUAAACAAAACAAUAACUUUUAAUCGUCCAUUAACUCAUCAAAAUUUACAUAUAUUUCCUCAAAUUCAUCAUCAACAUCAAAAUUACAAUAAAUUAAAUAGAUUUUCUUCUCCAUUAAAUCGAAUUAAUUCGCACAAAAGAAAUUACAAUUCAUUUAAUAACACGCGCACGUCAAAUAGAUCACAAAUAAACUCAACAGUAUCAUCAUUAAUUACCACAACUGCUACGUUAACUACAACAGUAACAACAACAACAACAACAACAACAACAACAGCCAUCACCACAACUAAAAAUCAUUCCGAAAACCGUAGAAAUUCUGAACAAACAUUUAAAAAAUUACCAAACUCUUAUAAUAAUAGUAGCAAAUUAAAUGACAAUGAUUCAAAUGAAUCAUCGAUUAAUGACGAUAGUAAAUUAAUGACAACAACAACAACAACAUUAACUACAACAGCAACAACAACAACAACAUCAUCAUUAAGUCCGCCUCCAGCGCCCUAUUCACCAAUGACACGUCCAACUCCAAACUAUUCCCCUCCAAAUUUCCAGGUGUUCUACAGCCAGAGUCGUUACUCGUCAAAUCAAUCGCACUCGCAGUCCCAACCUCAGCAUCAUCACUAUCAUCAUCACCAUCACCAUCAGCAACAACAGCAGCAGCAACAAAAUCAACAAAGAAGGUAUGGAAACUCCCAGAAUUCAAGCGGAUCAAUACGUAACAAAUCCGAUAAUAACAAAUAUAAUGCGAUGUCAUCAUCAUCAUCAAGUGCUCAAAGUGUUAUUUUGCGUAAUAAUAAAUAUAAAUUAAAUGGUAUUAUGCAAAAUAAUAAUAACAGUUGUCCUGCUGGUGGUAACAGUGCUGGUAAAUCAUCAAAUCCUGAUGAUAAUUUAGGUGGCGCUGGUGAUGCACAACAAACAGUUAAUCGUAAUAAUUUACCAUUAACGCCACCAGGUACUCCUAGAAAUUUACAAGACUCAAGUCAAAUUAGUGAUACGUGCCAUCAAAUACAAGCACUUACACUUUAAACACUUGGUAUAAUUUAUUGAUAAUUAUUAAUAAUAACAAUAUUAAUAUUAAUACAUAAAACAUGAUAUAUAUUAAUAACAAUAAUUAAAAAAAAAAAAAAAACAUUUUUUUAAAUUGACAAAUAAUUAUUGUUGGUGCGUCGUCAUACGUUGUUGUUUAUUGUUGUACGUUUGUUUAUUUUUUUUAAGAUGAGGGUAUUAAUAUAAUGAAUUUAUGAUAUUGUUUAUUGUUUAUUUAGUUUUAUUUAAUUGUUUAUUUAAUUCCGUACUAAAAAAAGUUAUUAUAUUAUUUAUUAAUAUUAUUAUUUGUUAUUACUUAAUAUAUAUACAUAUAUAGAUGAUAUUAAUAACAUUUAAUGGAUGCCCUCAGCUUAGAAAAAACAAUAUAUUUAAAUCUUAAAUCGUUAUAUAUAAAUAUACACAUAGUAAUUAAAGAGACGUGUAUUGGCAUGUUAAAGAUGAUUAUUAAUUAUUAAUAAUAAUAAUAAAUAUAAUAAUUAAUUAAUAAAUUAAUAAUGAUAAUUAAUAAGAUAAAAUAGCUAUGAAAUAUUAUAUGCUGAAAUAUAUGAAUGAUAACAGUAUAAAAGGCACGCUUUAUAAAUUAUUAAUUAAUGAAUAAUUAUAAAUUAAUGAGUAUUAAUAAUAUUUGGAGGAAAUAAUAAUUGUUUUAAAUUAAUAUAAUUAUUUAUUUUUAAAUUAAAUAAUUCCAUUAUUAAUUAUUAAUUAAUUAAUUAAGCAAUUAUUGUAGGCUCGGCGACAAACGUUAUUAAAGAAAUUAAAAAAAAAAAAAAGUAAUUAAUGGUUACUAAUUGUAGUAAAAUGCAAAGAAAUAUCCAAUCUCGCGAGCAAGGCUAGAUUAGUAUAGAAAUUUAAAUGAUAAUUUAAUUGCUGAGUUAGUGAGGAAAUAUAAUAAUAAUAAUGAUGAUGAUAUUAUUAUUAUUAAUUAAAUGGAAUGAUUUAAUGAGAUAAUUAAAUAUUAAAGACGUUGUUAAUUCGUACAAAAUACGAGCGAUCUGUUAUGUGUUCAAAGACAAAAAAUAAUAAAUAAAAACAAACAAAAAUGUUUAUAAAUAAAAAUGCAUUAAAAAUAAUAAAUAAAAUAAAUUUUAAAUGGGAGAUAGUGAUUAUUAAUUAGCUGAGAAAUAAUAAAAAUAUUUAUUAUUAAUGUUAAUGGAUUGAGAUAAUUAUCGGUUUAUUUAUUUUGUUAUUAUAUACAAUUGGAAAUAAUAUAAUAUAAUAAUUUAUUUUUAGAUUUAUUACAUUUAAUUCAAAGACUAAUUUAUAUUUAUAAAAUUACAAGAUGGUUGUUCAGAUUAAGAUGGCGCUUAAUUUAUAAUUCUUUAACCUUCAAAUUUAAAUUCAAAUAUUAAUACAAUUAAUCGUUUUUUUUUUUAAAUGACAACAAAUGACCUUUAUCUUAAUUGUAUUAAUUCAAUACAAUAAUUAACGUCAAUUAUACAGUCAAAUUAUGAAAAUUUAAUUAAUUAAUAUUACUAAAACUUACAUAAUAACUAUAAUUUAUUAAAUGGUAAUUUACUUUAUGACGUUAAAGUAAAAUUUUUUUUUUGACAACUGUUAAACAAAUAAAAAUAUUUAUCUAAUUAAUUGCAUUAAUUACACUCUUAUUAAUCAUUAUAAUAAUGAUUAAUGUUUUAAUAUAUUUAUUGAUAAUUGAAAAUGAUUAACAGACUCCAUCUUGAUUGCGUUAGUCCGCCAUGUCGAUUAAGCCCACAAUUCACUUUAAAAGAUAAUUAACAUCAUUAAUUAAAAUUACAAAAUAUAAAAAACAAUUUAUAUUUUUUUCACUACAAUUAAUUAGUAAUUUAAAUUUACUAAUCAAAUUACACUAUAAUCACUGAGGUUAUGGCGCUUAAUUUCAAAUUAAUCACAUAACUGAGUAAAAAACAAAAUUUAUAUAAUUAAUUAAAUUAUAUACAAACUCAUUAAUUGUCACAAUAACAAUUAAUAAAAUAAAUUUUUGUUCCACUUCUCUUUUUACAAACCAAACGAACAAGCGACCAUCUUGAUUAAUCCACCAUAUUAAAUACAUCCAUUUUGAUCGUAUUAACAUCCGCCAUCUUGUGAUUGUCUAAAACAAUAAUUAUUAUUAAUUAAAGAGUUACAAUGUCUUAAAAAAUUAAUUUAUUAAUAAUUUGUAUUUGUAUAGUAUUAUUAAGACAAAACUUUUUAAAAAAAUUAGCCUAUAAAAUUUGAAUGAAUUAAAAAAAUGUUAAUGUAAUUAAUUGUUAAUAAAAAAUGAUUCUAAAUCAUUAGAGUAAAUAAAUUAUUAUAUUAUAUUAAAGGAUUAAUAAACAAUUAAUGAUUAAAAUGGUUGCUCAAGGCACUGCCAUGUUUAUUAAUUUGUUUUGUUCAUGUUAAUGAUUAAUGAUUAACUUUCUUUUUGUACAACAAAUGCUAAAAAGACAACAACGUACUUAAAAAAAAUUAUAUUUGUGUUUAUUUAUUAAUUAUUUUUUUUCUUUAUUUAAUUAAUUGUAAUUAUAUUCUAUAUAAUUUAUAAUUCUUUGUGUCAUUAAUUUAUCAUACGUUAAUAUCAUUUCGAGCAACUGAGAUGAUUAAAAUUAUAAAAAAUGAUUAAUAAUAAUAAUGAUUAUUAUAAUGAUACUAAUAAUAAUAUUAGAGAUUGGAUAAAAGAUAAUUAUCUCAUUGUUGGUAGAUAGAACGACGAUAAUUAAAAGGAUAUUAAUAAAUAAUUAAAAUAAAUAAAAACGUGUCGGCUGUGAGCUUCCAAGCAAAUAACAAUAAUUAAAUUAUUAUUAACAUUAUUGAACGUGGAAAAGAAGAAAUAAAGAUUAAUAAAAAAGCUAGAGAAAGAAAGAGAAAAAGAGAGAGAGAGAGAGAGAGUUGGAUGAUUAUCCGCAACACGUUAUAUAUUUAAGAUAAUUGAAUAUAAUAAAUUGUUAUUUAAAAAUAAUAAAAAAAAAAUCAUAAUAUAAUAUCUAAUAAUUAUUAAUAUUAAUUAUAUUAAUAUAAUAAAAUAUUUUUGUUUAA